AUGACAGGAUCAGAUAUGAAAACCAAUUGGUCUGAGUGUCUGUACUGGGUUGUCCUGCUUAUCCUCCACACCACUGUCUCCACUCUGGAGAGGUUUGAGGUUCUUGGUCCAGCUCAGCCUGUAGUUGCUGUAGCUGGUGAAGAUGUUGUUCUGCCCUGUUACAUCAAACCCAACAUCAGUGCUGUGGACCUAAGCAUUGAGUGGUUCAGAGUUCAUAGCGAAGACCCACUUGUACAUCUUUACCGGGAUCAUGAGGACAGAAAUGAGAAGCAGAUCCCAUCUUACAGUGAAAGGACAUCACUGUUCCCUGAGGAACUGAGGAACGGAAACACUUCAUUAAAAGUGAAAAAUGUGCGAGGAUCUGACAAUGGACAGUAUAAAUGUUUGGUCCAGUCUGCAGAAUGGUAUGAUGAUUCCUACAUUAAUGUUCAUAUUAAAGCUAUUGGAACCCAACCAAUGAUUUCCAUCGAGGGAUAUAAAGAAGGAGGGAUCAGUCUGGUAUGUGAAUCUAAAGGCUGGUACCCUCAGCCUCAAGUGGUCUGGAUGGACAGUGAAGGACACAAACUCCCUGCUGGACACACAGAGACAUACACGGACAGUAUGGGUCUCUUCAUUGUGAGACGACGUGUUAUUGUACAGGAGACAAAGACCAACAGGUUCACCUGUCGAGUUCUACAGCAGGGGUUCAGUGAAGUGAGAGAAACAGUCACAGACGUCCCUGGUGAGAUAUUCCACCGUGCUCAUCCCUGGAAGGUGGCCUUUGCUGUGUUCUUCUCUCUGGGAGUUCCUGCUAUCAUCAUAUUGGCUGUUUUAAUUCCUCACUAUAUGAAACAGCAAAGAGAAAAAGAACUUCUGAAGGCACAAAGAUACGCAGGUGAGUUUCUUCUGCUUCUUCUCCCCAUUGCAGCUCUUCUCUGUAGGAGACACAAUAAUGACUUUGAUGUGACUCUGGACCCUGAUACAGCACAUCCUGAACUCGUCCUGUCUGAGAACAGGAAACAAGUGAGACAUGAAGACGCAAAGCAGGAUCUUCCUGACAACCCAGAGAGGUUUAAAAACCGGAAAAGUGUCCUGGGAAUAGAAGGGUUUUCUUCAGGGAGACGUUACUGGGAGGUGCAGGUUGGGGACAAAACUGACUGGACUUUAGGAGUGGCCAGAGAGUCCAUCAACAGGAAGGAAUAUUUUGCACUCAAUCCUAAUAAUGGUCUCUGGGCCCUCAGACUGGGGAGUGGGAAGUACGAGGCUCUCACUGACUCCCCCGUGUUGCUCCACCUGAGUGUGAAGCCCCAGAAGGUAGGAGUGUAUGUGGACUAUGAGGAGGGUCAGGUCUCCUUUUACAGUGUGAAGGACAAGUCUCACAUCUACACUUUCACUGGAUAUAAAUUCACUGAGAAGCUCUAUCCAUUCUUCUGGCCAGGCUUCCGGAACUCAGACCCACUGAUCAUAUCUCCUGUGAGUCACACAGACUGA